AUGGCUUACACUCCGCAAUCUGGAUCUCAAUGGUCUUGUUGCCAAUGUAACAAUCAGCAACAAUCUUCCACAAAGUGUUUGAGAUGCCUUCAUGGAUUUUGUGACUCUUGCUUUACUGGAGUAUACGUCGAUGCUCGAGAGUCUGAAUUUCGAAAUGGGGGUACGACCUCUCACGGAAGUAACCAGGACCAGUGUUCCUCUUCUGUUAAAGAAGCAUCAACUUCUAAGGGGCACCCCGUUCACUUAAACCUAAAUGGAACAACGCCAACCUACCGAACUCCUUCAGGGCCGAAUCAAACUCCCCAUGACGUUCUUAGGGGAGCGGGUAGUAUUGGGGGCGUUGUUGCUCAAUACACGAACGAGCUCGAUCCAACGUAUUUUAACGGUCCCCAACAGCCCGCCCUUUUGACUACCCACCAAUACCAUCAAUAUAUCUCCCAUCAAACACCAGGGGACCUCGCGCGAUACAUAGGCCAAGAUAUAAUGCCGCAUCAAUUAUACCCUUCAUCUACCAGCUUCAUAAGCCACAAAAGCGUACAGCCCCCCAACCUAGGCACAUCCUCCCGAGAGGAAAACGAGGGCGGACGCGCCGAUGAAAACGAAUGGCGCUGCUUGUUUUGUACAAAGACCGACGACUCUAGCGAGGAUAAGCGCAUGGCUUGCCUAGCAUUCAAAAGCGACCCGUCUCAGCAUUUAAAGUGUUUCCGGGCAUCGUUUAGCAGUAUCGGCACUCUGAUACAACACAUAAAAAAAGCCCACAAGACUGACAUCAAAGCUCCUGGUGGCAAAAGCUCCUCCAGCAAGAAGUGGCACAUUAUGUGGGAGACACAUUUCGGAGGAAAGACUCCCCCAGUCUGCCCAUAUCAUCACCCUAUACCAGAUAUUCUCGAUUCAUUUCUUCGAUACUCCGAAUCACAGGGAAGCAACGGCGUUUCAGCUCAAGAGCGAAUCGUACAAUGGAUUAAUCCUGGGAGAGGCAGCAAAUGACCGCUAGUUGAUGAAGGUUCUGUGUGUACGUACUAGACUGCACAUGAAUGUUGAGUUGUUCAAGAGCGCAGGUUGAGUGAUAAAGAUUCAAUAUCACUCAUUUAAUAAUAACUACC